AUGUGUGAUAAAAUUUUAACUAAAGGCGAAACUGUAUGGGAAAAAUCUACUGAGGCCAGGUUAAUUACUAUCAGCGGUGGAGGCAGCAAGCGUAAAAUAUUUUCUGCCGGUGGUGAUAUAAAAAGCAUAGCUGGACUCCUUGCCAAAGAAGAGCCAAGUGCAACAGAUGAGAUAAUAAAUAACUUGGGAAAAUUCUACGAGCUUUUACAGUUCAUUGGGACCAUGAAAACACCUAUCAUAGCUGUUAUGGACGGAAUUAUAAUGGGCGCAGGUUCAGGUUUGAUUGGUCAACUUCCAUUCAAAAUUGCCACGGAGAAUACGGUGUAUGCUAUGCCAGAGACCGCUAUUGGAUCAUUUACUGAUUCCAGCACAACAUUUACUUUAUCCCGUUUUGACGGCAACUUAGGCUUAUAUUUGGGUUUAACGGGCAGUCGAUUUUACGCAGAAGAUGUAGUAUUUUGUGGACUUGCUUCACAUUUUGUCCACUCUUCGAAUCUGGAUGCUAUGAAUGCAAAGCUGGCUGAGCUCAGUCAUCCCACGCUUGAUUUGAUCAACAACAUCAUUCAAGAAUUUUCAGUAAAAGCAGACCACAUACCUUCCAAAUACAGUCUUUUUGGGGAAAAACUAAAUAUUAUCGACAGAUGUUUUAACUUUAACACCGUGGAAGAGAUCGUCCAAUCCUUGAUCAAAGACGGCUCCAAAUUUGCUCUAGGCUGUGUCAAAUCGAUUUUACGAGGAUCCCCUACAAGUUUAAAAGUCAUGAUGGAGAGCCUCCGACGAGCGGAAAAUCUAUCUUACAACGAAUGCAUUCGGAUGGAGUUCCGAUUAUGGCAGAGGAUGCCUGAAGGUAUGGUUGGACAUGUAGCUGGGAAAAGAGUUUGUACAUGGAUUCCUGAUAAGUUGGAGGACAUUGAUGUGGAGGAUGAUAUAAGGGUGAACCUUUUCGACGCACUUGAGACUCAUCAGCUUAACUUUGCAACAGAAACAGAUUUUUAUGUUAAUCCUCAUGGAAGAUACAGCUUACCGUUACAAACCGAAAUAGAUGACGUUAUAAGCAGGUAUAGUUUUCAAAACAGCGAAGACAUCAUAGCCUGGUUUGAAGUUAGUCGACCCGGAAAGUUUGGCGUUCGACAAAAAGUAGAGGAUUACCUUAAAAGACAGAAGGGCGAAACUGUGUUUGAAAAGGCAAUAGCAAAAUUUUAA